CUACGCCGUGUCCGGCGCGUCGGCGUUAGCACUCUCGACUGCUUUCUUGGAGGGACUUUUGGGGCGCUCCGCCGAGGCAUUCUGACGCACCGCUGUACACACACACACACAGACGCACACACACAGUGGUAUGGUAUGGUAUGUCGGCCCCCGCUGUGUGCUGUGUGUUGGCUGGCUGUCUGUGCGUCCGUCCCCACCGGUGGAUCCGUUCUUGUCUGCGAGUGACGACAUGAAGGCCAACAGAGUGGCGAUCGACCUGCGCACACACACACACACACACACAGACAGACGCACAGAGGGGUGCCGGGCUGGGCUGGGCUGUGUGCUGUGGUGCAAUGUCUUGUGCGCUGUGUACCAUGCUUGUGCGGGGCAGGAGAAGUGGCAGGGGCUGCCGCUCUCAUUCGUCAGCUCGGGAAGAGACAUCCACGGGUCCACCACAAUGUGUCUGCGGAGAUGGGUGGCAUCCAUGUGUGUGUGUGUGUGCGUGUGUGGUGGGUGUGGGUGUGUGUUACUUGCGGUGUGUCUUUAGGUGUCGCAUGCACUCCCACUUGACGGCAGGGCUGAUGGUGGGCGAGUUGAUGGACCGCAGAAAGGCCAGCUUGGCCAUGAGGAAAUAACCCACCGGCCAGACCCACUCAGGACCCUGGUGGUAGUUGAACCCAUGCGCCACCGAUUUGUCCUCGCCGUCAUUGGCAUUGUCGUACACACCUGAUGCAAUGCAUCGCAUCCAUCGCACACACGCACAUCCGAAUGGCAUUGUGUGUGUGUGUGUGUGUGGUGUGGAGCAGACAGACGGACGGACCUCUGUAGUUGAGGUCGCUUGGGUCAAGUGUCUUGAUGCCGAGCUGCUUCUCGUCGCCCAUCAGGAUGCUCUCUAUCGUGUGCAGGGCCAACUUGGCGUGAUUCUACACACACAGACACACACCACACACCACAGAGAGAGAAAAGGACCCCCGUAUGGUGUGUCUGUGUGUUGGUACCUCUGAGAACAUCUCAGGCGCGACGGACAUGGCGAUACAUAUGUUGGGUCUGAGCUGGUAGUCGCACCACGGCGAGCUGGCCUUGUGUGAGUCCUUGUACAUCAUCCGGCGGUUGAUCCACUUCUCCUCCAGGUAGUACGGGAUGUCGCUCUGCUCCUCCUCGCUGCACAUCACACCACACACACACACACAGACACAAAGAGGCGCAUCCAUCCAUCCAUCCAUCGAUCUCUCUCUCUCUCUCUGUGUAUGUGUGUGUGUGUGUGUGUAUGUGUAUGUGUGUGUGUGGCUACCUGGGGACGUAGAAGAUCUUCUCGAAGGAUGCCUCCAGGAUGGUGUUCCACUUCUUGUACAGCACCUCGUUGCCUUGACACAUAGGCGCCCACACCACACACACACACACACAUAUAUACACAUAUACACACACGCGUAAGUGCAGACCUGCCCACCCACCCACCCCCACCAGCCCAGCCCACCGUUGCUGAGGGUGACCGUCUUGUAGGGAAAGACAUCCUCCGGCAAGGAUGACACAAACCUGACCAACCGACCGGUGGACGCAAUCACACACACGGUGUGUGCGGUUGUGUCCUGUGCUGCUGCGUGCCUGAGAGCGCUCUUGAGGAGGCCGAUGAUCUCCACCGCCGCUCCGUCACGCGGCGUCGCCGGGACACCCUUGUUGCCGGCCUGACAAACAUUGUAUACAAACACGAGUGAGUGACACACGAAUGAAAUGAAUGGUCCGUCAGUCCGUCAGGUGAGCUACCUUUUCGCUGCUGCCCAUUUUGUCCAUCCAGGUGCCGCAGUUGUGUUGGUUGCCGCCGUAGAUCAUCCCUGCACCCAGACAGAGAGAGAAGGACGUGUGUGUGUGUGCCUGUGGGGCUUGUGCCGACCCGACCCGACCCACCUCACCUGUGUCAGGGUUCAUUCUGAUUUUGACGUUGAAACCCUCGUCGGUCAUGUGCUCGUCGAUGCCCUUGCCGGCAUUCCACUCACGAUACUCUAUGCCCUACACAAAGGACACACGGACAGACACAUAGACAGAUAGAUACUUACAGACAGGAACAAUGAAUGCCUCUCUCUCCCUCCCUGUGUUCUGUCUGUGUCUGUGUGUGUGUGUUUGGACGUGCCUGUGCGCAUUGCUGCAAAAUGUGGUGGACGAGGUCGGCCAAGUUGCUGAUUGGCGCUGCAGCCAUCUCAUCCAUCCAACCAUCCCAGCCAUCCAUGCAUCCCAGCCAUAACGUGCGCACACAUCCCUAUUCACGUGUGUGUGCGUCUAUACCGCUGUUGGGGACGAGGGGGUACUUGAGCGUCACUGGCGUCAGCAGAAACUGCACACCUGCACACACACACAGGCGUUGAAUCUCUCUCUCUCUCUCUCUGUGUGUGUGUGUAUGUGUGUGGCGUGCCUUCAGGCGAUAGCUGGCAGUACUCCUGGAUGGCCUGCAUGAAGAACCACGUCGCGUCACGCGCAUUGUACCGGGGGUUGUUGCCUACACACACACACACACGAUCUCUCUCUCUCUGUCUCUGCCAUGUCUCUCGGUAGAGUAGGUAUUUCUACCGGCGUCGAGUAGGUUUGGGAUGAGUGCGUGUCUGAGCACGCGCGCAUAGCCGAGGAUCUCCUGCUUGGCCGCUGCGAGCCUCCUACAGAGACACACCACACCACACCACACCACACCACAGCACAUAGAUCACAUAGAUCAGCCCACAUCCGUCCGUGUAUCCAGCCAUCCACUGACCCCGUGACGAGGAGGCAGCCCGGCAGCGAGAUGAACCUGACACAAACACAUACAUGGACACACACACACAUACCAACAGAUGGGGAGAUGAGAUGAGUGGCCACAAACGACUGACUGACUGAGUGACGUACGUGUCUCUUCCCCAGUUGCGCAUGAAGCCACUUGAGAAAUGAGGCAGACCUACACAGCCACAACCACAAGCCAACCACAACCACACCUGAAUGCGGCCGAUCUGUAUGCGCCUUGCUACAGAAACACACAUACCGGCGCAUAGAGAGGCCAUGUUGGUUUCCCACACUGCAGGUAACACAACGGAGUGGAAACAACACACAGAGAGAGAGUAGGAUGUGUGAAAGAAACAGGGCAGCCAGGGAGGGACGUUGUCAGUCACUGUCUGUCUGUCUACCGAGGGGCGCGGACGGCACGUGGCUGUAGAACUGGAGUGUCGCUAUCGCCAGCUACACAUUCACACACACACACACGGGGGGAGGGGGUCUGUGCGUGUCCCGUCGGUCGGUCGUUUCGGGCGUCUGCUCACUCACCUGUGUGACGAACUCGUCUUUGCUCUGCGACACGAAUGGCGACAUCUGCGAGAGCGCCUCGGCGCACGCGGCUCCAUACAGAGUGGACAUCACCUUAACACACACACAUCCAGACCUCGAAAUAGCUUAUACAGUUCGAUUGACUGGGUGUGUUGCCCCUCUGCCCCUCUCACCCAGUCGAAAUAAGUUGGCCUGAGGAACGCCGGGAGGCUCUCGCGAGGCGCCAGCCAAGCGUCACGUACCCACUACACACACAUACACACAAACACAGAGAGAGAGAGAGAGUCUCAACACACAAACAUCCACACGCACACCCACACCCACUGUGUGUGAGAGUACCUACCUGUCCGAUUGGCUGCAGCUCAGGGGUGUCAAAGAGCCGCUCGGCGAGGUAGUCGAGCAUCCAGUCGCCCUCGCGGACAUUGACGCACAGGGGAUGAUUCAAGUUGUGGGUGCGACGCACCUGCACACACACACAGACACAUGCCUCUCAUCAGUCUCUCUCUCUCUCUCUCUGUCACACGGACGGACCUCCUCGAGUAUAGGGAUCACGCCGCAAAUACCGCAGUAGGGGAGCGGACCGUGGCUGCAUACACACACACACACAGCCACACAUAAGGCACGCGACGGAUGAACCCAUGAAGGACCCCGCCCCUUUGUGGGCCCUCGGUGGUUGUCUCUCUUAAAGCUUUGUGUGUACCCCGGCACAUCGUACACGCCUCUCUUGCCCUUCUCAUCCACCCACACAGACAGACAGACAGACAGACAGAGAGCGACAUGACAUCAAUCAAGGCAAGUGUGUGUGUCAGUCAGUGAGUCCAUCGCUGUGGUCGCGUGGCGGGUUACAUAGGUGCGGUCCUUCUCCUCGUUGUCGCACGAGUAGAGGAGGCGGCUGAUGCUCGUCAGCGGCACGCCCUUCAUGACCUCUGUGAUGCUCGGCAGGGCGUGCUCCACCUGCUGACGAACCUGACACACACACACACACACACAGAGUGAGAGAGAGAGAGAGGGAUGGAUAAAUGGAUGGAUUGAUGGGCGUGUGUGUGUGUGUGAGUGUACCUCUGUCCACCCUUUUGCAGAGAAGACGAGCACACUGCCGGGGGGGAACUUGUCCAGCCACAAAUGGGUUAUCGGACCUUUCCAAGACAACGAGGCACAUCCAUCCAUCCAUCCACCUCUCUCGCUCUGUGUGUGUGUGUGUGAGAGAUAGUACCUACCGGCGAUGUGUGUGCGUGCGAUGUCGUCGAUCUUGUGGUAGAGGUCCAUCUUGCCGCGCAUGCCGUUGAUGCGGAUCGGGUCGCUGCAGACAUUGACACACCCGCCACACAAACACAUGUGUUUGUGUCAGUCAGUCAGUCAUCACACAUACCGUCUGAAUGCGCCGAUCUCCUCCUUUGGGAUGAACAGGUGCGCUGCCAGGUGCAGCGUCGUGAUGCGGCCCGGGAUCAGUAUCUGGUGUGCACACACACACAGACACACACACACACACGCCAAGCCAAAAGAACACACAACACACCAGUAGUAAUGUAAUGACCUCUCUCUCUCUCUCUCUGUGUGUGUGGGUGUGGGUGUAGGUGUGCAUCUCUCUCUCUCUCUAUUUACCUCAGGCAGUGGCUUCUGGUACUCGUGCGGCCACCAGAAGGCAGACCUACACACACAAAGGUCCAUCCAUCCAUCCAUCCAGCGGACGGACACCCACCCCACGCACCGUAUGACGAAGUAGAUGGUGCUGUGCGUCUUGGGCGAGUGCCGUUGGAUCACCGUCAAGUCCUCAGCUGCAUGCAAGAAUGGAACGAGUGCCACAACAAAUUCGCUGAUGCUCGGAUGGAUGGAUGUCGAGUCGUAGCCCUCCAACUCACCCAUCAGGUCGAGGUACAUCUCGUCGUAGCCCUCCUGGCCCAUCUGCACACACACACACACACACACAUCCACACGCGAUGCAUCCAUUCGUCCACUAGUUCGUUGACCCACCUGGUAGUGCAGGUCGUUGAGGACCCUCUUUGCCGCCAUGAUGCCCACCAACUCGUCCCCAGGCAGCCACGCCCUGCUUGACGUCGGACGCCCACCUGCACACACACACCCAAACACCCCCCAACGCACCCAAAUCUCCCUCCCUCCGUGUGUGUGUGUGUGUGCACAGCGCAGCGCAUCGCAUCGCAUCAGAGUCCCCACCGAUCCGUAUGACAUUGUUGAUGUUGCCGUCGUCGGCCAUGACGGCGGGCUGGCUCUCGUCGAUCUGCCAGCAGCCGUCCACCACAAAUUUGAACUAUACCAAGCCAACACAACACAGCACAUCAACAAAUCGCAGAGAGAGAGGGAGAGAGAGAGAGAGAUGAAGAUUCAUCUCUCUCUGUCAGAUCUCUCUCUGUCAGCGAGUUGUGCCAGUGUUUUGAAGCGGAGAAAGGACCUACCUGGAACUCUUCUGCGUCGGUAGGGAGCUGCUUGCCCACGUAGAGGUCGCACUUGAACAGCCCGUCGCCCUCAGCCGUCAUCGGCUGCAUGGCAUAUACAACCAAUCAGACAUUCAUCCUCUCUCUCUCCCCCUCUCUGUGUUAUUGCUGACCUCAGGCACUGUCCAGGAGUCCCAUGAGCCCACGAGCUGCACCUUACGCCCUCCUCGCUGCCAGCGAAUCGUCACCUGUCCGCAACAAACCGACACCCACAUCACACACACAAGUAUCUUCCGUCAUCCGUUUCGCUGCUCUCUCUUUCUCUGUGGGUGCGUUGUCAUGUGUGUGGCGUGCAGACAGACCCUCUUGUCCCACAGUCGCUCUGUGGCUGCCGUCGGGCCCUCCUUGCCGUUCACCAGCUGCACACACACACACACACACACACAUCCAUCCAUCCACACACACACAACCUCUGCCCCCCCUCCCCCCCCGUCUCUCUCUGUGCAGAGAAAGUGGCUGUACUUUUUUGCCGGUGGUGGUUGUCUCGGUUGGCACGCUGCGCGCCACCGACUUGGGCACCGCGCCCGGGCCGGUUGAGGGCAUGUGGAAUGGGUCGUCCUCGGGGGUCUCCUCCAAUGUGUCCUUCGGCUGCUCGACCGGCUCAUCCUCUGCACAACCAUCACACACACACACAAGGGGCGUCCAUCCCACAGAGAUGGAUGGGCGUGUCGGCGCACCGUUGACUUGUUCGGGUGGGAGGUCUUUGGUGGCGAAUGGGCUCAUCUUGGGCGGUGUGCGGAGGAAAUCCUCAUCUACACAGACACACACACACACACAGAGAGAGAGAGAGAGAGAAAGAGAGAGAGUGAGAGGCCAUCCACCAGAAGCUCACCUGGCGUGUCGUCGAAGUCCUGAUGUAUCCGGUGCUCCAGGACCACAUUGAGAUGGUGGGGAACCAACUCUACACACACACCACACACACCACACACAAGUGACACCCACCCUUCCCCGUGUGUGCACGUCCAUCAGACGCACCGUCGAACCCUCGCGUGGACCCGGUCGCACACACACUGGCCGCCACAAAGGCUGCUGUGGGCAGCGCCUCUGCUGGUGUGCGCUUCUCUGAGCCAACACACGACACACACACACACAUAUACACGAACGAACGGGGCUGGGCGUGUGUGUGUGUGUGUGUGUGGCGUACCAGCCAUGGUCUCGUUGUCGUGUGUGCAGUCGAAAAACUGACGAGAGAUGGACAAUGUACCAAACGAGCCAAGUGCACUCACUGUCACACAGACGUGUGUCAUCAACUAUUCCCACAGGCAACGCACCAGAGCGGUGGCCAUGGACGGGUGCAGCGGAACCGGAUGAGGCGAAGGGCCUGCACACAGUACACACAGACCACACAAACCGUAUCAACAAACCACUUCAUCCUUAAAGACCACUUCAUCCUUAAGGGCUUAAUGGCGUUGUGUGCAUACCCCCGGCAUUGUUUGCGCCGCCGCCACCUGCGAUGCCGCUGUUCAUGAAGAGGUGCCUGUCUUUGGCUGGGAUGGGGCUGAACGCACCCACACAACGACCGCCGUACUUGAUCACGUGGGCAGCUGUCGUGAGUGAUGCACACACGAGCAGAGAGAAAGAGAGAGAGUUUGUCACGGCAUCCCUCUGUGUGUGUGUGUGUGUGUGUGUACCGAGGUCGCCCGGUGACCAGGUCUGCAUAGCCUCUCGGAUGAGAGCGUUCAGACCCAACUCGCCCUCGAAGUGCAAAUCAGUCGCCUACACACCCACAACCACACCCACAACCACACCCACAACCACACCCACAACCACACCCACACCCACACCAACAACCACACCCACAAUACAAAACAAACAAUGGUCUUUGGUCACAUCACAUAUGGCCCACUCAAUUCAUUCAACGCACCUGCACCCCGGUGAAUAGCUCCGCAUAGACGAACAGGUCUGAGCGCACCGAGCGGGCCGCGCGUAGCAUGUGCUGCACCCAGUGCACCGCACACCCAGGCCAGCCAUUGUGUCGUGUGGCAGCCAUACCAUACACACACACGUGUGUGUCUCUUUGCGAAGGGACGUCUGUGUGUGCGAGGGGUGAGUGCGCCCCACGGCGUACCUUGGCCACGUGUAUGGGGGUGGAGUGGCAGUUGUCCAGACGCACACCGUGGAAUAUCUGGGAAACACACACACACACACACACAUUCGCCCCGCCCCACACGCUUUUCUUUCACCCUUACCACUUACCUCUGCCAUGCCCUUGACAUACUUCUCCAUCCACUGCCACAGAAACGGACAACUCUCGGGCGAAGACCCAUACCUACACACACAACACAACACAAGACAAGAAUAGAAUAAUGGGUGGAGGAGACCAGAUCCCACAACGCACCGCGCCGCCCCGCCCCCUUUAGUUACCUGAGUUUGAUGCAGUCGGUCCAGGCGCAGAGUUCCCUCCGCAGGUACACGAGGCUGCCCGCCGCACCGAAGUCCUUCGUGGCGUCCCAUCCCAUCACCCACCUAAUGCAUGGAUGGCACACAUCACAUUAAACCACACAUCCAUCCAUCCAUCCAUUCAUCCAUCUAGGUUCGCCAGAGAGACGUAUGGAUGCAUCGCUCUCUCUCUCUCACCCGUUGUUGGCCACAGCGGUCUUGGUGCCAUCCUUUGCCUGUUUGUUUCGUCCAUCAGAUCAGGCACACACGCGUCGGUCAACGAAUGCGUGUGUGUGUGUGUGUGUGUGAAGGAGGGAGGGAGGGAGGCGUAAGCGAUGCGCACCGUGACAUACGAGAAGUAUCUCGGCGCCAGCAGCUCCCACCGCCUGUCGCCCAGAGGGCCUUUCUUCUGCUCGAGACGCUCCCACCUACACACACACACACACAUCCAUCCAUCCCUCUCUCCCUCUGUGUGUGUGUGGGUGAGAGGGGGGAAGGGGGGAGGGUUUAGGGUACCGUGCAUAGCCCUGUAUGGCGCCCUGGAUGAAGUCGACGCUCUCGGCAGCUGCUUUGGUCAGCUCCGCUUGGAUGGCCUCAAGCAACGCACUCAGCUCAGCCUUAUUGAUCGCACACACCACCCACAGAGAGAGAGAGAGAGAGAUGCAUGUCUGCGCGUCUGUGUGCAAGGCGCCCACCUUGCUGGCGCAGACUUGUCGAGAAACCUCGCCCGGCACCGUCAUGGCGUUGCGCUUGACGCCGAGCGUCUUGAUCAGCUCCUGCUUGAGGUACUCCUUCUGCCUCUCCUUCGCAGUGGGCGGCACCACGGCAGGGUGGGGGUCCUGAAUGAAUGAACCACACAAGACACAACACACACAACGCACACGAGCCAUACAAUGCACUGCACACACGCGCGCACCCUCAGACACACGAAGGCAGCGCACCUCAUGGGACGGUGGUGGGGGCGGAGGGGGCGCCAACACACCCGGUGUGCAGUAGACGUCGAAGUCCACUAUCUCUGACGGCCUGCAUAGCCCCACACACACACACACACACACACGAGAGUGGGUGAGGUGAGUGGCUGGGCAGCGGAGGGUUGAGGUUGAGGUGGGUACUUGGCGUUCUCGAAGUUUGCUAGGGUGGUCUUGACGUCGAUGGUGUACCACUCGAGCAUCUUGAAGGGCUCCAAUACCUCCACACGCAUCGCAGAUAUCACCCUGCACACACAGAGAGAGACGCGUACGGCCUCGGCCCCUGCCCCCCCUCUCUCUCCCUCUCUCUCUCUCUCUCUGGUGCGCACGGACUUGGUGAGCUUCUCCUCGGUGUCAAUGUGCUCGUUGAUGCCGUAUUUCUUGACAUGCUUGUGCGCUGCACUCAUUGCGUCGCACACGCAUCCAUCCAUCCAUCCAUCCACCCACACAGAGAGGGAGGGCGGUGUGCAUCUCUGUCAUGUGUACCGAGUAUGUCGAGGGAGAAUUCGGCGAGCAUCUCGUCGAGCUCGAGGGCGGCCGUCAGGUGGGGCGCUGUGUGGACAGUGUAACCACACUCGGGGUGCUCUGCCACCCUACACACACACACACAGAGAGAGAGAGAGGGAGAGAGGGAGAGAGAGGGGGGGCAGGUCUGUCUGUCUGUCUGUCUGUUGGUAUGUGUCUCUCUCUGUGGGGCGGGUGUGGUGUGUACCAGCCUACCAUGGGCUGUUGUUUGCCGUGUGGUUGAGGACGAUGUCGAUGGUGGACAGGACGCCGUGCUCCUUCUCAAACUGACUGAUUGCCUCCUGUCGACACACAGACACACACCAACACCCCACAUACAGGGCCGGCCAUCCUAUCCCUCCUCCCUCUCUCUGUGUGUGCGUCUGUGUGGUAGGUACUUUGAGCGCUUUCAUCCGCUCUGCGUCGGGGACGCUCUUGGCGUCGUGGAAGAACUCAUCGCUGAUGGCAUUCUGGUCGGCCAGCGAAUAGCACGAGCCGCUCUCGCCUGUUUUCUGCACACACACACAGGGAGACAGGGAGAGAGAAAUGGAUGGAUGGAUGGAUGGAUGGAUGGAGGGAUGGAGGGAUGGGUGGCCGUACCUGAACAGGUGUGAAGUGUAUCAUAUUGUAGUUGAGCUCUGCGGGCGACUUGAUCAUCCGCGGCCACCGUCGGAUGCGGCCCAUGCACCGCGACAUGACCGACUGCAUCACUAUCGCGUUGGGCAGAAUGGCCUUCCCUGAACACACACACACACACACACAUGACACCUCGCAUAGCAUUCACACAACGGCGGCGCACACACAGACAGACAGACAGACAGACACACAGACCGUUGCAUUUCAGGACAGGCUCGACGAUCAGGUUGGUCUCGGGACCUUCACGCGGCAGCUUGCUGUCAAACCUACACACAACACACAACACACACGCAACACAUCCACAGGCAUCUCUCUCCCUCCCUCCCUCCCUCCCUCCCUGCCUGUGUGUGUCUGUAGGGCACUGCCCACUCACUCUGUGGCGGUGAGUUUGAAGACAUACGGCCCGGGCGUCGCGGCGGUGAAGGUGCAGUACCAGUUGCCCAACUCGUCCGAGCUGCCCUCGUCCUUCGACACCCUACACACACACACACACACACAUUGAUGCAGGCCCGUUGCUGCGGCAAUGGCUAGCUGAUACUUACUUGCCGAUGGGGUCCUCGAUGUUAAGGCAAGGCUGCUGGUUGAGGGGAAACCCGGCGGGCAGCCACAUGUUGAUGGUGUCGCCAUUCCUGAUGCGGAAGUUGCCGUGCGCCCCGUUCUCGCGAAGGAACCCUCCGGACUCGUCAAACUGACAGUCAACACGCACACACACACACACAUGGAUCGAUGACGCAACACACACAUUGCGACAUAAAGUGCUGCUCCUCUCCUCUGUGUGUGUGUGUGUGUAGGGUACCUACCUGCACUUUCCACUCGGUGGGCGGGAGCGGCCCGUCGCCGUCGGUGUCCGGCAU